AUGUGACAACUCUUUCCAUUGAUGUCUGUAUUUCCAGUUACUGUCACAUAUGUUAUUUAGCAAUCCUCACGUUAAUUCCAGACAGUAGACAGUAAUAUCUUAGUUUCACAGUUGAGAAGACCAAGCCUUAGGACAGGAUUUGUCCUAAUAAGAGGCCAGUCUGGGAGCUGGCCUUGUACUGUAGCAUCUAUAUGCGCAGCAUGCUACUUCCCCAUGUUUAACCACUCUUUCUGAUUCAUUUACUCAAUCGAGUUCCUGCUGUCAGCUGAUAGACAAAACCCCACCAUGUGCUAUGCAGAAAAUGAAAAGCAGGGAGGUAUGCAAGCGAGUGCGGGCAGAAGUCGAUUCUAGUUAUGGGAACCCUGCCCACACUACUCCAAAACGCGCGCGCGUGCAAACUGCUCUAAUUAAGCCAAACCGUAAGAUGACCGGAGAUAACAAAGGGUAGAGAUCGGGAAGGCGGCCCACCUGGGUGCGCUCACAGCCGGCCAUCCGCAGCCGAGGACUUUAUUCACUAGGAUUUCUACCGAGAGGUCUCAGCUGUCAGACACCACAGGGGAGGGUUGUUCUGGCUCAGAACCAGGCUCGAGGCGGCCGGGGAACACGUCUACCUGUCACCCCACCGACCAUUUUCCAAACCCAAUUGGGAACACCGGACUCCAGAAAGUUCUCAGGAAGAACCGUUUGACCAAUGCAACUCCCUACUCAUCGUCCUCCUGGACGCAACCGAGCGUCACGUGGCCCCCGUGGCGGGGCGUGUACGUAGGCCCCGCCUCCAAGCGUCCCUCCUCGGGAGGCUGGAAGCGCCUGCGCGGCCACGCUGACUAGUAGGGUCGCGCGCCGGCCGACUAUGGAGAUCCACGCGAAGCGCCGGAGGGUGGCUGGGCUUGUGGGCGGCGGCGACCCGGGUUCGGACCCAGUGGCCGGCUUCCUGAGUUGGUGCCGGCAGGUGGGGCUGGAGCUGAGUCCCAAGGUGACGGUGAGCCGGCAGGGCACCGUGGCCGGCUACGGCAUGGUGGCUCGAGAGGAUGUGCAGCCCGGAGAGCUACUGUUCGCGGUGCCGCGGGCCGCGCUCUUGUCGCAGCACACCUGCUCAGUCGGCGGCCUGCUGGAGCGAGAGCAAGGGGCGCUGCAGAGCGAGUCAGGUUGGGUGCCGCUGCUGCUGGCGCUGCUCCACGAGCUUCAGGACCCGGCUUCACACUGGAGGCCCUACUUUGCGCUCUGGCCCGAGCUAGGCCGCUUGGAGCACCCCAUGUUCUGGCCAGAGGAGCAGCGCCAUCGAUUGUUGCGGGGCACAGGCGUACCUGAGGCGGUGGAGAAAGAUUUGGCCAACAUCAACAAGGAGUACUGUUCCAUCGUGCUGCCCUUCAUGGAAGCCCACCCCGAUCUUUACAGCCCUAGGGUUCACUCCCUGGAACUCUACCACCAGCUGGUGGCUGUUGUGAUGGCCUACAGUUUUCAGGAACCACUGGAGGAAGAUGAUGAUGAAAAGGAGCCAAACUGCCCUUUGAUGGUGCCUGCUGCAGACAUACUAAACCACUUAGCCAAUCACAAUGCCAAUCUAGAAUACUGUACAGAUUGUCUUCGGAUGGUGGCCACUCAACCCAUUCCUAAAGGCCAUGAGAUUUUCAACACUUACGGGCAGAUGGCUAAUUGGCAACUACUUCAUAUGUAUGGUUUUGUUGAACCAUAUCCUGACAACACAGAUGACACAGCUGACAUUCAGAUGGUGACAGUUCGUGAAGCAGCAUUACAACGAACAAAAGUUGAAGCUGAAAGGCUCCGCCUGUUUGAACGCUGGGAUUUUUUAUGCAAACUGGAGAUGGUAGGGGAAGAGGGAGCCUUUGUGAUUGGGUGGGAGGAGGUGCUGACUGAAGAGGAACUGACUACCACCCUCAAGGUACUGUGCAUGCCCGCUGAGGAGUUUAGAGAGUUUAAAGACCAGAAUGGAUGGGGAGAUAAUAAAAGGGAAGAGGAAAGCCUGACCAUCACGAGUAUCCCCAAGCUCACAGCAUCAUGGAGACAACUGCUUCGGGACAGUGUUUUGUUGACCCUGCAAACCUACACCACAGACUUAAAAUCUGAACAAGAAUUACUCAGUAAUAAGGAAGUCUAUGCCCAACUCAGCUGGAGGGAACAGCAGGCCUUACAAGUUCGUUAUGGUCAGAAGAUGAUCUUACACCAAUUGUUGAAACUAACAAGCUAGCAAGUUCCCUGAAGGAACAUCCAUGAGAACUUUAUUCCAGGCUAAUGUUCACUGAUGGGUUGAAAUGAAAGAAAACUUGGAUUUUUUGUUUUGCUUACCAUAUUAAAUACCAAAAGGAAAAGUAGCAAAGGUGGUGUGCUAGGAUUAACUCAGAGGUAAGGAUGGUUUGUUUAGAAGCACUGGGAGCACUUGGGAGUAACUGCUAAUUGUUAACUAAGACCAAUAAAUUUUAUAGCCCUAUUCUCAGUUUGAACCAAAGUUUGUAGAAAUGUGGUAGUAAUGGUUCUUGUCAUCUAGUGUUUAGUAACAUGAACUUUGAAAAAUCUUUGGGCAAGUCACUUUACUUUUUCUUAAAAACUGUUUCCUCUGUUAAGUAACUGGUAUUCAGAAUAACUGUUAAAUUCCUUAGCAUUCUGAAAUUUGGUCUAGAAGGCACAACUCACCCUUUAGGAAAGAAACCCUGAGAGAGUCACAGCCCAUCCCUGUUAAGAUUUCUGUUAUUUAAUCUUCACGAUUUUUGUCUUCUCUGGCUGUAAAACUUAUUAAAGGUAAGGUGUAAGUCACAUAUAAACCUACUCCCUUUGAAAAUUAAAACACUGUGAGGGUAAAGGCUAUGAAAAAAAAUGAGCAUUUUGUGAUUGUUUAACCUGCUCCAAUGAAUUUCCACUGUUGAAAGGAACAAAAAAACACUAUACAAAAAUCAUGUCCUUGCUUAUUUCAACAUGCCAGAUUAGAAAUGGGGAAGAUCUACCAUUCAGCAAGAAGUUAGUUAGUGUUUCCCAAUGGCGCUAGGCACAAGGCUGGGCUUGUCCACUUUUCCUCCUCACCACCAGCACUGGCUGCUGCUACUGAGAAAGGCACAGUGGACUCCAGUGUGUGUCAUGACUUUAAUGUUUGACUACAGUAUGCAUACACAUACAAGAAGUAAGGGAGCUAAAGCCCAGGAACUAGAAAGGCUACAAAAUACAACACGUGGACCAAUACAUUUACAAAACAUUCAAAAUCCUUACAAAAGGGGCUGUAUUGGUCCUUUCAACUUUUUUGUUGGUCAGCUUAGCCUUUAUGGCCAUUCACUGGGAUGAUGGGAGGUAAUUCAUACUUUUUGGUUCCCUUUUUCCCACAAGUAUCAGGAGAGACUGGGGGAAGGAUGGGUUAAGUCUGGUCUGGUUUCCCUUUGUAAAAAAACAACAAAAAAAGCUGACUGCAUCUCAUAGGGCCCAAGGGUGGGUUUUCCAUCAGAAAUGAAAAUGAUGCUCUCCCAGCAGUCAGCUUUAGACUGGGGAAAGAGGCAAAACAAAAACCGUUAAUUGUGGGCUCUCAAUUGUGAGCUCUUCCCAUGUUCCCUGGUACCAAAUUCUAGCAUAUCCACAUCUUUAACAACUUUGUGACUUUCAAGGUCCCCUGUCCACAAUAAAAAAAUAAGUUACAUAAUAUUUAAA